UAUCAAGCUGUCGAACUAGACAACUUUUUUUCCUUAGUGAGUAUACUGUCUGCUGUCAUCAGCAUGGCAGAAAAGACGAGUGGCUUUUGUUCUAAACUGAGAGCACGUUGAUCAAAGUCAGCAUUCUGUUUAUUUUUCUUUUAGAACAAAGAAUUUGGGUUUCGAGUUUUUGUUGUGUUUUGUUUUGUUUUGUUUUGUUUUCCUGAAACAAACACUAUCUUUGGCUAUUUGAAUUUAAGUCAAAGUAUCUGCUGUAUGAGAACAAGAGCACACCAUGGCCAAGAGAGUUGCAGUGAUUGGAGCUGGUGUCAGUGGCCUGUCCUCCAUCAAAUGCUGCUUGGACGAAGACCUGGAGCCCACCUGCUUUGAGAGAAGUAAUGACAUCGGAGGACUGUGGAAGUUUACCGAAUCUUCUAAAGAUGGGAUGACCAGGGUCUAUAGGUCACUAGUAACAAAUGUCUGCAAGGAAAUGUCAUGUUAUAGUGACUUCCCUUUCCGAGAAGAUUAUCCCAAUUUCAUGAACCAAGAAAAAUUUUGGAACUAUCUCCAAGAAUUUGCUGAGCACUUUGACCUCCUGAAAUACAUUCGGUUUAAGACCACUGUGUGCAGCGUAACAAAGCGUCCAGACUUCUCCAAAACCGGUCAGUGGGAUGUUGUCACAGAGACAGAGGGUAAGCAGGAUAGCGCUGUUUUUGAUGCUGUCAUGGUUUGCACUGGACAUUUCCUGAAUCCCCGUUUGCCUUUGGAGUCCUUUCCUGGAAUCCAUAAGUUCAAAGGCCAGACCCUGCACAGUCAAGAGUACAAGAUCCCAGAAGGCUUUCAGGGCAAACGCGUCUUAGUGAUCGGUCUUGGGAACACUGGAGGAGACGUUGCCGUGGAGCUCAGCCGAACAGCAGCUCAGGUAUUUCUCAGUACUAGAACUGGUACCUGGGUUGUCAGCCGCUAUUCAGAGGGGGGCUACCCCUCUUCUAUGAUGGUUAUAAGAAGAUGCCAUAAUUUGAUUGCACAAGUUCUGCCUUCAUGUUUCCUAAACUGGAUUGGAGAGAGGCGGAUGAAUAAGAGAUUUAAUCAUGAGAAUUAUGGAUUAAGUAUUACAAAGGGGAAAAAAUCAAAAUUUAUUGUGAACGAUGAGCUGCCAACCUGUAUUCUCUGUGGGACAGUCACCAUGAAAACCAGCGUGAAGGAGUUUACAGAAACCUCUGCUAUCUUUGAAGACGGGACAGUGGAAGAAAACAUUGACAGUGUGAUCUUCACUACAGGAUAUACGUUUUCUUUUCCCUUUCUUGAAGAACCUCUCAAAAGCCUCUGUAUGAAGAAAUUGUUCCUAUACAAGCGGGUCUUUCCCUCAAGUCUGGAAAGAGCAACAUUAGCCAUCAUUGGCCUCAUUGGCCUUAAAGGGUCCAUCUUAGCAAGCACAGAACUCCAAGCACGAUGGGCCACAAGAGUAUUCAAAGGACUCUGUAAGAUACCUCCAUCCCAAAAAUUGAUGGCUGAGGCUACUGAAAAAGAACAGCUCAUUAAAAGGGGUGUGAUUGCAGAUACCAGUGAAGACAAACUCGACUACAUUUCCUACAUGGAUGAUCUCGCUGCAUGCAUAGGCACGAAGCCCAACAUCCCACUUCUGUUCCUCAAGGAUCCCAGACUAGCUUGGGAAGUUUUCUUUGGACCAUGUACCUCUUACCAGUAUCGCCUAAUGGGCCCUGGAAAAUGGGAUGGAGCCAGAAAUGCCAUCCUGACCCAGUGGGACAGGGCACUGAAGCCUUUAAAAACGCGAAUCGUUCCUGAUUCCUCCAAGCCUUCCUGCAUGUUACAUUGUUUGACAGCUUGGGGGGCGCCUGUCCUACUUGUCUCUUUCCUACUCAUCUAUAAAUCACCUUUUUUGAAAUUGGUGCGAGAUAGACUACAGGAUAGAAUUCCCCCUUACCUAGCAAGUAUUUGGCAAAGAUGAAUCUGAUUGGUCAUGAGGGUGGCACCAAAUCAUAUUAAUUCUGUCUCCAAGUAUCUUGUACAUCCCUGCUCUCCUCUCCAUCAUAGCUGCUAUAACCCAAGUUCAGAUCCAAUCAUUUCUUAUCUGAAUUAUCAUGUAGUCUUCUUCUUUGUUCUCAGUACCUUCCCUAUUGCCACCGACACCAUUAUUCUAAAAUAAAUAUAUGGUCAUCGUUUCCAUCAAGGUCUGGGUAGGAAUAAGGUAGCGCUCACAUUAGGCCACGGGUGGAAAUUUUAAUAGAGAGAUUACUAUAUUUGAAAAGAUUUGGGCAGAGUAUAGGAAAAUCACAGGGAUUAUGAAGUACUCCCAGACUAGUAACAGUGACGUACCUUUACUAUCCCCAGACCUAACGAGGUAAGAGAAGAAAGCAAUUACUAAAGAGAAAGCCAGAACUGUGUAGAGGGGGCCACCUAACAAGAGCUGUGACCUUCAGCUGAACGAUAAAGGCAGUGCACCGUGAUUCCAAAAGUAGAGAUCUGGGGGAAUACAUUGAAUAACCAUACCCUCUUCCCUCCCUCUGAUCCCCUGUCAGUGCUCCCCACUGCCAAACCCAACCAAAAGUCAGAGGCAAAGUUGCCAACUGACGUCGCCCAUGGAGGUCAGCCUCGUGGGGCACAGAGCAGAGCACAGAUAAUGGAGAGUGUAUGGAGGGGCAAACAAAGCGAUCAGGUUUAGUCAUGCUGCCUUCCAGUAUAAACUUCCUCAGGAUUUCUGUCUUGGUUAGAGAUAAUACUCCAAAUUCUUUAGCCUAGCAGAGGGGGCCCUUCGUGAUCUGAGUCCCUUUGCCCAACUCACCAGAGUCCUCUCCUGCAUCUUCCCCCCAAUUUUAAACCUUACCAUCCAGCACUACCGAGCUAUUAACCUCCUCACUCUGGCACAAGCUGUUGCCUUUGCCAGGCAUGCGGAUCUAUACCGUACCUGCCUGGGAAGCUCCUGUUUGUCUUUCAAGAGACCCAAUUAUCUCACUGUGUGCGGCCCCUAAAUCCCCAAAGCAGAGUUGAUCACCCCUGUGUACCAGGUGCACCUUGUGAUGCUCUGGUAUUGCUCUUUUCCUACUGUAAUAUCAUUUUCUUUGUGAAUCUGUCUCCUAAUAAAUGGUGAGUUCCUAAAAGGAACCAUAUCUUGUUCAUCUAAAACAUUAUCUGGUCAAGUCACAAUUUGGUAGAAUAAAUAAAAUAAAUAAACAAACAAACAAAUAAGUAAAUAAAACAUUACCUGGGCCAAGCACAGUAGCUCACA